CCGUGAAUGCAGUGGAGCUCGUGCGUGCGCGAGUGUGUGUGAGUGAGUGAGUGAGUGAGUGUGUUUUGCUUCAGGAAUGUGGGAGUUGUCCCCACGCGCUUUACGAACAACCGACCUGUCCAAACAGUGCGCGCGUGGCAGAGGAUGUCACACCAACCAAAACAGCGGACGCUCGCUCACAGCACAAUCUUUGAUCCGUUAUUGGAGGAAAAUCCGCCGUACAGGGUAGAGUCGGGGCGGGGCGUAAUUACACGGAGUCCCAUCUAUUUAGGGUCAAGUACAACAUUUUUACAGUCCUAACCAGCGUGGGUUCAAAGUUUGUUUUGUGCCCGGAAACUGCGAGUCGCCCACUGGCCGCGGAAGAAGCGCGUUCAGAUUCGACCGUGUGCAUUGUUUGUGUGUACGUUACGUUAGUUAACCCACGGCGAGAGAAAAAAAAAUCCGCGCGGGAUGGAUUACAAAGCUGCGAUAGCCAGCAUAAUUCGUUAGCAUCUCGUCGACUAGCUCCUCCAGAGGCUCGAUCGCGAGUACGGGGCUGCGGUGCGGCUGGACGCGGAGCGAGGCGACCCUCUGCGGGCUGCGCUGCCGAGGCGGUGGGCGUGUUUUCUCGGCGUGCUAGCAUGUGAGCUGGCGCCAAGUUCUCGGCGUGAAGAAAAAGAAAGAAAAAAACAAGAUUUACAAGUUACGGAUUGGAGAGAAGCAGCAAAAGUCACAUCACGCUUGAUCGGAAAAGUUGCACGCAGUGAUGGAGUCAGCUGUCAGUACAUCCACUCAAGUGCCAGAUGAGUUCGACCGGAACGUUCCACGCAUCUGUGGUGUGUGUGGAGACAAAGCUACUGGUUUUCACUUUAAUGCCAUGACCUGUGAGGGCUGCAAAGGCUUCUUCAGGCGCAGUAUGAAGCGGAAGGCCAGUUUUACCUGUCCUUUUAAUGGAAGCUGCACCAUCACUAAAGAUAACCGUCGCCACUGCCAGGCCUGCAGACUCAAGCGUUGCCUAGAUAUUGGCAUGAUGAAAGAGUUUAUAUUGACAGAUGAGGAAGUUCAGAGAAAGAAGGAGCUGAUUCAAAGAAGGAAGGAUGAGGAGGCUCACAGGGAGGCGCAGAAGCCCCGGCUUUCAGAUGAGCAGCGCAACAUCAUUGACACACUGGUGGACGCGCAUCAUAAAACAUACGACGAUUCCUACUCUGACUUUUCACGCUUCAGACCUCCAGUUAGAGAGGGUCCAGUUACACGCAGUGCCAGUCGAGCCGCGUCCCUCCAUUCACUGUCAGAUGCCUCAUCAGACUCCUUCAGCCACUCUCCAGAGUCAGGCGAUCGUAAGAUGAAUCUGAGUAACCUGCUGAUGAUGUACCAGGAGCAGGGCUUGAGCUCCAGUCCCGACUCAAAGGAGGAGGAUGGCUCCAGUCUCUCCAUGCUUCCUCAUCUGGCCGACCUGGUUUCUUACAGCAUUCAAAAAGUCAUUGGCUUUGCCAAGAUGAUUCCUGGAUUUAGAGAGCUGACGGCUGAAGAUCAGAUUGCUCUGCUGAAGUCCAGCGCUAUAGAAGUGAUCAUGCUCCGAUCCAACCAGUCCUUCAGUCUGGAGGAUAUGAGCUGGAGCUGUGGAGGACCUGAGUUUAAAUACUGCGUCAAUGAUGUUACCAAAGCUGGACACACUCUGGAGCUGCUGGAGCCUCUGGUGAAAUUUCAGGUGGGCUUAAAAAAGCUCAACCUGCAUGAAGAGGAACAUGUGCUGCUCAUGGCCAUUUGCCUGCUGUCUCCAGAUCGGCCCGGGGUGCAGGAUCACGUGCGAGUGGAAGCGUUGCAGGACAAGGUAUCUGAGGUUCUGCAGGCCUACAUCCGUGCACAUCACCCGGGGGGGCGUCUGCUUUACGCUAAGAUGAUCCAGAAGCUGGCGGAUCUCCGCAGCCUGAACGAAGAGCACUCCAAACAGUACCGCUCGCUUUCCUUCCAGCCCGAGCACAGCAUGCAGCUCACACCUCUGGUGCUGGAGGUGUUCGGCGGGCAGGUCACCUAGCAAAUUCACCCCCGUCAGGAGAAGUGCUGCGGCUCAGACACACAGCGUGGAGUGGAGUGAAUGUAUGGACAAUCACCUUAAAACACAUACAGAGUUUCCAGGACGAAAUUUGUGAGUGGUGUGUUAGUAUGUAUGGGUGUGUGUCAUUUACAGAUCGCUUAGGGAUUGCCAUAGGUGUUUCAGUUAGGUUUUUCGUGUUUUAGAAGGACAUUCUUAUGGGAGCUUGUUCUUGCCAUGGAGUGUAAAAGAGAAAAGAUUGUAGUGAGUUUUUAUUUCACAAUUCUCAAUUCUUGUUUUUUUUUUUUUUAUUAAAAAGCAAUUCUGGAUGAUUUUGGGACUAUUUUAAGGUUAUAUUAUAUAUAACGGAAGCCCUAAUCCAGCAAGGUGGAAAAAAAGCAAUCUUGGUGGUUUUAACAAUAUAAUGAAGUCAUUAUAACAACAUAAUAUCUCGUUAUAACAAGAUAAGUUAUAUCUUUUUUUUUCUCACCCCUAAGAUUGCUUUUUUCACAUUGUGGUUCAGGGCUUCCAUAAUUAAACGUCUUAUUGUUAUUGUAAAAUAACAACUAAUUUAAUGUAACACUUCGGUGACUGGAAUGUCACUUGCCCCACCCUAAAUUUCAAAGUUGAAGUCGGUCGUGAUUGAGUGCUGGACAGAAGGAAUCAAAUCUGGAGGCGAAUAAAUGUAAAAACAAAAUAUUUUCUUAACAGUCUUUCCAAUAAAAAUAUCGGCAGUUAAAACAAUACAAAACUAUGCAUUGCUAAAUCAAUCAAGUAUCGAACAUAUGUUGUGAAAACUAGACUAGGCUAGGCAAAUAAACACCUACAGUGUUUCACAGCUCUUUAUGGGUUACAUUUAAGGACAAAAUUUUAAUCUGGAACAACAAGUGAACACAUCAGUGCCUGUAUAAUUGAAUAUGCCUGGUAAAAUUCCCAUUGUAAAGCUCUUUGAUUUCAGAUUUUACUUAAAGCAUGCACAUUGACCGGUCUUAUUCUGCCAUCUUGUGGCUCAAAUAGAAAUUAACACAAUUAUGUCGAAAAAACGACUGAACUAUGUCAAAAUAACAAAUUAAAUAUGUCGUUUUAACAAGAUAUUAUGUUGUUAUAAUGAGAUAUUAUGUCGUUAAAACUAGGUAAAUUUUUUUUUUUCCUCAUUGCCAAGAUUGCUUUUUUUCACCAUGUGGUUCAGGGCUUCUGAAAAAUAUAAUUCAGACUUCUGUUCUAAGUGUUGGAAAUUUAUAUAUUUUUUCAGUUCUGACGUUUUCAAUCUUGCUCUUGAAAGUUAUUAACAUUGUGAAUUUACAUUUUGCAGUUUAGACUUUCCCCCUUAAAAUUUUUGAUUUACUUAGAAUACAACUCUUACUUUUUAGUUACCACAACAAAAUAAACAAAUAAAAAGUUAUUUACUUUUAUAAUAAACAAAGAUAUUUUAUCACAACUUUACUCAUUUUUCCCCCCUGCAGUUUAGAAAUUUAGACUUUCUAGAACUAGGGGUUCAUAACAUGAAGCAGUUCUGACGUUGUCUAGCAAUUUUGAGUUUAUAAAUUACAAACUACAUUUCGCAAUAUAUAUAUAUAUAUAUAUAUAUAUAUAAACUUUUUAUUCAAUGUAAAUGCAGUUCUAGUUAAAUAACAUCUAAAUUUCUAAACUGCAGGGGAAAAAUAUUUGCUUAUUAUAAAAAAAAACUUUUUUUAUUUGUUUACUUUGUUGUGGAAAUUAAAAAGAAGAAUUUUAUUCAAAGUAAAUGUAUUAAUGCAUCUGUCAUUUAUAUAAAGAACUACAUUUACUUUGAAUACAAUUCUACUUUUUAGUACCACAAAAAAAACAAAACUUUUUUUUAUAAGCAAAGAUUUAUUUUCACAACUUUUUCCCCUGCAGUUUAGAAAUUCAAACCUUAUAGAACUAGAGGUUCAGAAUAUGAAGCAAUUUUUACAUUUUCUAUCAAUUUCGAGUUUAUAAAUUGACAACUACAAAUUUUGCAAUUUGUAUAUAAACUUUGUAUUCAAAGUAAAUGCAGUUCAAGUUCUAUAAAGUCUUUUUUCCUGCAAUUUAGAAAUUCAGAAAAUUGUAAUUAAAAUUUUUUUUAAAAAAUAAUGUUUUUUUAUUUGUUUAUUUUGGUGUGGAAACUAAAAAGUAUAAUUGUAUUUAAAGUAAAUGUAGUUCUAUAUAUAAACGAUAGAUGAAUAGAUACAUUUACUUCUAAUACAAUUCUACUUUUUCAUUACUUUUUAAUAACUAAAGUUUCAUAAUAUAUAACAAUUCUGACAUUUUCAAGCAAUUUUGUUAUCACUAUUCAUAAACUGAUAAUAGUGAGUUUAAUUUUCACAAUUUUGACCUCAUUCCCUCCAGAUAUAUAAAUUAAAUUGAGCAAAAUAUUUUUUUUUCUUCUGCUUUGAAAUCAACAAAUCAAAGGUAAUUGUAAAUUUACCAUUUUUAAGUCUUAUAUCAACUUUUUUCCUCGGAGUUGCAAAUGAAGUCAUUUCUUUUUUUCCCCCAUGGCAACAAUAAUCUUCCAUGCAUUCUUUCAAGAAUGCAACACCUUUAUGCUGUUUGUUUCACUGUGGCAUCUAAAUACAGUAAUAUUUUACUGUAUCACAAAUAGCCAACAGUAUUACCCUGCAUGUGUAGGAUGAGUGUGUGAGUGCGCGGUCCUGUUCUAAACCUCUGCAUGUUCCCCAAAGCGCUGUCCACUACUGCUGAUGUUCUGUCUCUUCACCUCCUGCCUUUAAAUGCACAGGGUUAAAAUACUAAUGCAAGCACACAGCUCUAACUCACCUCUCUCGCCUCGCCACUUAACCAAUGAGACGGCAGCUCCGCCCCCUCUCCUCUGCCUCCAGAGCUCUGAUAGGUCGCUGAGCAAUGGCUGUCUUCUCUACUGUUAUUUGCCUGUGCUGUGAUUGGCUGAUUACCCGACGCCUCUGCAAUUAGUGCUUGCCACACAGCUAACCUGUAAAUAAGACUCAGUAUCUAUAUUCUUACUU